UGACUCACAGAUCCUCUUUUGUCCACAGGCAGUUGUCUUAGGAGAGAGAAGAAAGCUUUCAGAUGCUGUGUCAAUUCAGGAACUCAGUAGAACAAUGGAAUACCAAUCUUCGGUAGAAAAUUUGGAUGAAGAUGGAUAUACUCAAUUAGACUUCAGCUCUCGCAACAUCACCAGGAGAUCUGUAGUUUCAGAGAAAGGACUUUGUGCUGUAUCCUCUCAUUGCCGUCUGAUUGCUGUGACUCUGGGCAUUUUAUGCUCAGUGAUGCUGGUGAUAAUUGUGGUCCUGAGUACCUCGGGUAUUUGGAGAUCCAGUUCAGGGAACAACCUGUUGAAGAGCGACAGCGUUCCAUCAAGAAAUAAAGACAACCAGAGUCAACCCACACAAUCAUCUUUAGAAGAUAGUGUGAUACCUACCAAGGCUCUCAGGACCACAGGAGUUUUCUCUAGCUCUUGUCCCCCUAACUGGAUCACACAUGAGGACAGCUGUUAUCUAUUUAGCACACUAUUAGAUUCCUGGGAUAGAAGUAAAAGACGAUGCUUUCAACUGGGCUCUAAUCUCCUGAAGAUAGACAGCUCAAAAGAGUUGGAAUUUAUAUCAAGGCAAGUGUCUUCCCAACCUGAUCAUUCAUUCUGGAUAGGGCUUUCUCGCCGUCGGACAGGAGAACCAUGGCUCUGGGAGGAUGGCUCCACCUUGUUGUCUAACCUGUUUCAAAUCAGAAGCACAGUUACCGAAAAAGACUCAUCUCACAACUGUGUAUGGAUCCAUGUGUCAGACAUUUACGACCAGCUCUGCAGUGUGCAUUCAUAUAGUAUUUGUGAGAAGAAGUUGUCAGUAUAAUGGUAGAGGAUCAGAGAGAAGUAUGUAAGAUAUUAAGGAGGGUAUAAAUCCAAAGAGAAAAGAGAUAUAUUUGAGGUCAAAAUAAUUGCUGAAAAAAAUAUCAAGAGAGCUCAGCCAACUUUAAUCUUAGCUGAGAAACAGGAUGGAAGGCUGUGAUUUCCAUACUCCCCAAGUCUAUUGGGUAAUCAGUAUUGUAUUCUAAUUAUUAAAGUCCUAGAAAUAGAGUCAGAACACGUGACCUUGAAUUUUCAUUCUAUCAAUAGUAGAAUUUUCAUUCUGCCAUUCUAUUUAUCUGGGAUUAGCUGUGAAUUCUUGGUAUUUCAGGAGAUCUUAAUUUCUGACUAUACCAGAGUUGUAUUUUGUCCUAAAAACUGCCACUGGAGUUCAUGUGGUGUGUUUCCACUACUUAUUCUUCCACUUUCAGCAGUGUAUCAGACACAGAUAGCAAUAUAUUUUGAAUAGCUAAAUGGAAAAGAGGAAAAAAAAUGCUUUACUAAAAUCAGAACCAUUUUGUUAUUUUAUUCAUCAACAUGGUCAUGAUUAUGAUCAAAAGCAUCAUAAAAACCAUCAAUUGCAUCUUUUUUUCCUUUAGUUAAAUAACCAAGAGAAUAUGCCUGCCAUAUCCCUAAGAGAAUCUUGUAUAAUGUGAAAUUAUAGGGAAUCUACUUUGGUAAGAAAUAUUUCUCUUUUUAAAUACUAUCAAUCAAAAAAAGAUCUGAUUAAUAAAUAUAAAAGCAUAACCUGUCCUAUUGGCUAAGGUAUUAACAUUUUGUAAUGCAAAACAUGUUUUAUUAUUUCUAUGAUGACUGUUUUGCAGUUUUCAGCAAUUCCUCAGAAAUUACUGUAAAAGGUAUUAUUGGAACAUAAAUAAGUUUCCUCAUAUGAUGAUUUGUCUCUUUCUUAUUUUCUUUUAAACUUUCCCAUUGAUGUUAUUUAUAUUUCCAGUGGGGAUUUCCAUAAUUACUGGAGGGAUAUUCACAGCCUUCUAGUGUUUAUUAAUAUGUGAACAGAAAUCGUGUCAAGCUCACUGAAUUUUUCACUUUAAAAUCGUUACUGUUAUGUGAUUUCACUUUAAUAAAAAAUGUUAAUUAAAGAAUCUUUGGCAUUUAAGUUAUGUGCCAUGUAUAAUUGGCACUAUUAUUGUUUGCCCUCUCCCUAAAAAUGACGAUGAACUUGGCCCUGGGGAGGAAGUGGUAUAGUAGGUAGUUUUGUGUUGAAGAAUAAAUUUUAGAUCUUAAAUAUUUAAAAAUCUAAAAGACAGAGAAAAAAUUUUGGUGAAGUGACUAUUACCUUUCUAAUACACUAACUUGGGUUGUCACUAUCUGGAAAGAAAUGUGGAAAUGAAAAGGUUAUUAAAGCUGAGUUAAAUUAAGGCAUAAAGUGGGAUUUUGAAAAGAUACCAUGUAUUUUAAUUUUGUUUUUGGUUUAAUUUUUUUCUCCCGCAACUUUAAAAUGGAGUGCAUGAGUUGAAGAAAUCAUGAUAAUCAAAGAAAAUAGGUCUGUAUGUUGAAUGUCCAGCUGUACUUAUCUAGAACAGACGGGCUAGGCAACAAUAACCUAUAAGUGAGAACUAAAAGCAUGAUUUUAACAAGAAGUGAUGAUGUAAAGUCAGAGUGCUCUAGGCUGUCCAAAAUUUAUCAUACAUCCCUUAUUAAUACUAUAGCCAAUGUGGAAUCAUGCAUGAGAAUGAACAGAAAACAUCCACGCUUUUCCAAGUGACAGAAAAGUGAAAACAGCCGCUAGUAGGCCUUAUGUCUAAAGGAUAAUUCAAGAUGAGGAAUGAUUAUGCUAUAGAAAACACUACCUCUUCAAGGAUCACCUCUUGCCUGAGUUAUUGCAAUAAUAUUCAAAGUAGUCUUCUAGCACCUACAUAGCAGUUGUAGUCGCUAAGUCGUGUGUGACUCAUUGCGACCCCAUGGACUGCAGCACGCCUGGCCUCCCUGUCCUUCACCAUCUCCUGGAGUUUGCUCAAACUCAAGUCCAUUGAGUCAGUGAUACCAUCCAAUCACCCUCUUCUCCUGUCUUCAAUCUUUCCCAGCAUCAGGGUGUUUUCUAAUGAGUGGGCUC